AUGGAGAAAGAGGGCAACGUCUUUCGGUGCUUCAAAACCUGGAAAGACACGAUCCUGCCCACCUUCGACAAAUGGCGACCUACAAUUCGCGAGCGAUUUUUACUCCAUGCUCAUCAUUCAUCUCGGGCGAACAACGAGCUUAACGACAUGAUCGAGCACUAUGAAGGAUUACUGCUCAGUAUAGAACAGGAUAUUGAUGCUUGGAAAGGCAAGUUUUCUUCCCUCGAGGCCGAUCUCCGCUCCUCCUCUGACUUUAAACAGAAACUAGAGGAUCGAGUCGACCAUCUAUCUUCUAAGCUCAUGAGAUCGAAUGGCGAGUUGCAUGAUCAGUACCAAAGAUACGACAAGCUCUAG